ACUUUCUGUUCUUUCAUUGGUCGAAAUCCAAAACAAUGACGUAGAACCUUCCUCUGCUACAUGAAGGUAUCCCGCGGAAGUCGAGCUCUGAGGAAAGAGGGUGGAAGGAACGGGUCAAACGCUGGCGCUGCUGACCCCGUAGUGACCCCGUAGGAGGAGGACCUCCCUCUCUGGUGAGACCAUCGGUGGUCCCGCGCGCAGCUUUGGCGCAGCGUCACGCAAAAGUGCGGCAUGCAGAAGCGGGACGCGGAGGCUCUGCGGAACUGCUCCGUCUGUCUGCUGAAGGACCUGGUCGUGGAUGAACUUCUCAUUCAGGCGCUGGUGAAAGAUGGCAUCCUGACGCAGAACAUGGCAGAAAGCAUUAUGGUGCAGAAAACUUCCCACCACCGGAGCUUUAAGUUAUUACUUCUUUUACCAAAGCGAGGACCCAGAGCCUUCAAAAGCUUCUGCUCAGCACUCAAGGAAACGGAGCAGGAACACCUGUGUGACCUGCUAACACAAGAGGAAGAGGGCAGAGAGGUGUGUUUAGAUUCUGUCCAGUCUGAGACGGAGACAACAGGACGACCAGGAUGGCUGAAGAGAGCGAACAAGAGAGAAACGCCAUUAAUAAACAGUGAGGAGCAGAGUGAAGUGAGCAGCAGCAUGUCAUAUCCCAUCCAUGACUCAGAUAGCUGCUGCUGCUGCUGCUGCUGCUCAGGGCCUUCAGCUAGAGAUGAGAACAAAGAAAGACAAAGGGCAAAGAUAUCAGGAUCUUCUUUGCCAUAUCCAACUCAGGAGGAGUUUGCUCCGAAGAGAGCAAAGACUCUCGAGUCCAUGGAGUCCAGUCUCGAUGCUGACAGUCCCAUCAACACCCCCGUUCUGGCAUGCUCAGCUGACUUUUACCUGUCUCACUGUCAACAGUCUUACAGGAUGAAUUCUUCUCCUCGGGGUUCAGUCUUGGUGAUCAGUAACAUCAACUUUGACCCCCGUGCUGCCCCUGAGCUUGACCCAAGGAAGGGAGGUGAGGUGGACGACGAGGUCCUCAGGAAGCUCUUCACUGAGCUGGACUAUUCAGUAAAUUUCCACAGAGACCUGACCGCUCAGGACAUGAAGAUGGUCAUUGAGAACUUCUGCAGACGACCAGAUCACCAGAAAGUUGAUAGCUGUGUGGUGUGUCUGCUUUCCCACGGCGUGGAUGGAGCCAUUUAUGGCACGGAUGGGCAGCAGCUGGCGCUGGACUGGGUGUUUGAGGCCUUCGACAACGCACAUUGCCCGCUGCUGCAAAACAAACCAAAAAUGUUUUUCAUUCAGGCCUGCAGAGGAGAUGAGAUGGACUGUGGCGUGGAGCAGAUAGAUGGGCCGGCGAGGACCUUUUCGCCAACCUGUGAACAGCGGGAUGCUGGGAGGGAGGAGCAGGGGGACGCAGACGGCAGGCAGAGAGCGAGCACAGGGAGGCAAAGGAUUAAACUGCCUCAGCGGUCGGACAUGAUCUGCGGCUUUGCUUCUCUCAAAGGUCAGAGAAUUUGCACAGCAGCCAUGCGAAACACCAAGAAAGGAUCUUGGUUCAUCCAGGAACUGAAUACAGCACUCCGCCUCAAUGCCAGAGACACCCACCUCGCUGACAUCCUCGUGCAGGUCAACAAACGUAUUAAGGAGAGGGAGGGUUACGCUCCCGGCACAGCCCACCAUCGCUGCAAGGAGAUGUCAGAGUUCACCAGCUCACUUUGCAAAGACCUUUACCUCUUCCCCAAGUACCAGCCCCAGUGUUGACAUGCAAAAAGCGCACUUUAGGUUGACGGUUUUGUGCAGCCUCCCAAGCACGGCCGUCACGGCAGCUCAGAGAAUGCCCCCUACUGCCACACAUUCCCUGUUACAAGAGACCAACCGUGACCCGCCUCUUCCAGAGACAGGCGUUCACGUGAAAGUAUUGGGAGAAAAAAGACGAGCAGGUUAGACAAUAUACAAGUAAAAUCAUGCUCUUCUAUAUAUAUAUGUGUGUCUGUCCUCAUGCCAGUUAGUGGGUUUGUAUUUGAUUUCUGUCAAACCCCACAUUUACUCAGACCUUUCUCAAAUCACUAUUUUUAAAAAAGCUUUUUUGUUUUUACACAAAUCUAUUUUUGUGGCUUUAUUUUCUACAAAAUCGUUUUUUUUUGUAAGGAUUUUUAAAGGCGUGUGUGUUUUUGUAUUUUUAGUAAACUGACAGGCAGGUGGCAGCACAGCAAAAACCAAUUCUUUUCAUCAGCUCUUAAUCAUAAAUAUUUAUACUCUGGAGAUUAAAGUAAAUCUGUAAAGUUAGGACCGAAGUUUGUCACUAAAAGUUAUUUUUUUGUUGUUGGAAAAGUUUGAAAUCAAACUUUAAAAAAUAAAAAAAAUCCCUUAACCUACAGGACAACUUCUAAAGGAUGUCUUGAAGUUUUUAUUAGUAAUUUCUUUUAAAAAACCUGUGUAUUAUUACUCAAAAAAGCAGCAUUUUAAACAUGAAUAUCUACACUCAUUAUUUUCAGGUGAAGUCCUCCUGUUCAUGUCAGGCUGAUGGGCUAAACUUUGGUGCUACAUUCAUAAACAGAAACUCAAACUCAUUUCUAGUGUUUCUCUCAAUGUGGGAGUUUCAUGGUCCAUGGGACCGUACCUGAUACAGGAUGGAGGGAAGGUCUUUGCUUGCGCCUCCGUGGCUCUUUGCUCAGCCAUUUUUUCAUGCGGUGUAUAUGAAAGGUGCAUGAGCAUGGACAGGAAGUUCCCUGCCAGGACCAACUGUGUUCAGUCACCACAGUGUUGUAACAAAAAACAAAGAAGCCCACAUGUGGUCCAGACAGUAUUUGUAAGUGAAGAUGCUGUUCUUUGCACAGCUUUAUUCUCUUAAUCAGGAGGUACAGUCUAUAGAAAGGAUCUCUGCAAAUGAGUAAAAUGAGACUUAUUGGACUUGAGGAGAUUGUGUCAUCACUUCUGACUGCCAGAUACACAAUAAAACUCAAUUUCUUUUAAAGAAAA